AUGACUUCUGUUCCCCACCCUCACAGAAGAACCACCUCACCGGACACCGGUACAGGCAAUUGUCCCCCAGCUGGACCAUUACCGAGCCCGCUUUCAGGCCCAGAAACUCACCCGGUAUCGGCCCGUACAAAUAAUUCCCACCCAACAACAACCUCUCGAAUUGGGCCGCCCCAUGGCCCAACACCUUCAACACGUACUGGGUUGGGAUCAAACCCGAAAACUGAUUAUUCUCCAAUGAUAAAGCCGAGAGACGGAGACGGGUGGGCGAACAAACUCGCAGGGAUUGACCCGGCGAUUAGCCACCAAGCCCGCCGGAAUAUUCCCCUGCAACUGAUUAUUCCUCAUUGCUAUCUCGACGAGGGACGGCGGCAGCGCCGCCGGAAUCCCUCCCGAAAUGGCGUUGUCGCUGGCGUCAAGGAAACUCAGUUCACCGAGUCGACUCAGAUCGGGAAACUCGGCCCCGAGUCGGUUCCCUUGGAUCUCGAGCCUUUUCAAAUUAGCGAGACCGUUGAGGCUCGAGGGGACGGUCCCUGUGAGAUUAUUUCGGUCAAGGCACAUCUCCUCGAGCCCCGCGAGCGAGCCGAGCGAGUCAGGGAUCGGGCCGGAGAGCGAGUUUCCGGACAGGCCGAGCCGCCUGAGCCGGGUCAGGGCAGAAAGCGAAUCGGGUAUGGGACCCGAGAAGUUGUUGUCGGACAGGUCGAGGAUCUGGAGGUAGGGAGCGGCGGCCCAGGGGACGGCGGCGAGGGAGCCGGAGUAGCCGGCGGGGUCGAGGGACAGCUCAGUGACGCGGGCGGCGGCGGCGGCGGAGGAGGAGUUGCAGCGGAGACCGCAGGUGAAUUUGUCGGAAAAGAGGGGUCGAGGGUGAAGUCCCAUGAGUCGAUGCAGGAGCCAGGGGGAAUUGUGCUUGGGGCGAUUGUACGUUUGAGCUGCUUCAGGAGUUGUACGUCUGAGUGGUGGGUGGCGGAGUGGGUGGGAGUAGGGAGGCGAAGGACGGCGGCGGUGAUUGUGAGGAAUAAUGUGAGGAGAUAA